AUGUCUGCCUCAAAUUCAGUAGCUGAUGUUGAUGCUUGGAUCACUCAACUGCAAGACUGUAAGCAACUCUCUGAAAGUGACAUUAAGAAGCUCUGUGAUAAAGCGCGUGAAAUCCUUUUGGAAGAGUCCAACGUACAACCAGUGCGCUGUCCAGUGACAGUCUGUGGUGAUAUUCACGGCCAAUUUCAUGAUUUGCAAGAGCUCUUUAGAAUCGGCGGUAAUUCACCUGAUACCAACUACUUAUUUAUGGGCGAUUAUGUUGAUCGAGGCUAUUACUCUGUCGAAACUGUCACUCUUCUAGUGUCUCUCAAAGUAAGAUACAAGGAUCGUGUUACUAUCCUUCGUGGCAACCACGAAUCUCGUCAAAUCACCCAAGUGUAUGGCUUUUACGAUGAAUGUUUGAGAAAAUACGGCAACGCCAAUGUGUGGAAGAUGUUUACAGACCUGUUUGACUUCUUGCCCUUGACAGCCUUGAUUGAGGAUCAGAUCUUUUGUCUACACGGUGGUUUAUCGCCUUCGAUUGAUUCAUUGGAUCAGAUUCGUUCGUUGGAUAGAAUUCAAGAGGUGCCUCAUGAAGGUCCCAUGUGUGAUCUCUUAUGGUCUGAUCCAGAUGAUCGAUGUGGUUGGGGUAUUUCUCCUCGUGGUGCUGGCUAUACAUUUGGUCAGGAUAUUUCAGAAACCUUCAAUCAUAAUAAUGGACUUACUUUGGUAGCAAGAGCUCAUCAAUUGGUGAUGGAGGGAUACAACUGGACUCAGGAUCGUAAUGUGGUAACCAUCUUUAGUGCACCCAACUACUGUUAUCGUUGUGGUAAUCAAGCUGCUAUCAUGGAAAUCGAUGAACACAUGAAAUACACAUUCCUUCAAUUUGAUCCUGCACCAAGAAAGGGUGAGCCUCAUGUUACUCGACGUACGCCUGAUUACUUUUUGUAA